AUGAUCGCUCAUCGCUUUUUCCGCGCACAGCAGCUGCUGUUGCUCCUCACCACAUUAGCUCUCAUCAAUCGCGUGAGCGCUCUCACCCAGACCUACUGCUCGAGCCAGAACACCGGCUCGAGCAAUCUACAAGAUACAUACACAUUCCAGUCGAAUGGCCACUGUCAUGACGAAUGCGUAGACGACUACGCCUUUGCUAUUGUCCAAGGAAAGCAGUGCUGGUGCUCCAACUACGCACCCUCGGAUCAGCAGGAUACCAGCAACUGCGACACCACUUGCCCUGGCUAUGGCUAUGAAGAUUGCGGUAACUCGGACGACGACUUGUAUGGCUACAUCAAGCUGGACCUGGCCGCGUCCGGAACUCAAGGCGCGUCGACCGCUGCGAGCACAUCCACAGCGGCUUCGACUUCCACGAGUUCCGCUCCUGCGCCGAGCUCUGUGGAGACGACCAUUCGAGUGCCUGACACGGAAACCGUCGUCCAGACGGUGACCCAGUUGGCGUCAGUGGUCGUUUCGACGGUUUUUCCCAAGACCUCAUCCACAUCGACGACGGAAUCCUCUACCAGCUCUGCCGCCGCUACUACCUCAUCAUCGAGUUCGUCGUCAAGCUCCUCAGAGGAGUCAAGUUCCUCUUCGUCUACUCGGACUUCAACCCCGGUCACUCAAGUCACCGUUGUCACCGUUGGCGGGUCUGUUGUGACCCAGACUGUGACUUCUGCGCCGUCUUCGGGAGAUGGUUCCUCUUCCUCCUCUGGUGGUUCACGCACGUCUGGGGGCGCGAUUGCUGGCGCAGUUAUUGGAGGUCUCGCGGGUCUCGCUCUGCUUGCCGGAGCCAUCUUCUUUUUUCUCAUGCGUAUGCGCCGCAAGAGGGAGCAAGCAGCUCAAGAUGCCGAGAACGGGUCCACAGGCGUUACUCCUCAGAGAAAUGUCAGCACACUUAGUCGGACCGGGCUCCUCAGGUCUGGAGAAAAAGACUACACCGCUACACUGCCGCCGAUCAACACCGCUCGCCAAAGCUCUGACCCGUCUGACGCGAUGACGCCUAACUCAGAGCGGCGCAACAGCCGGCCCUUGUUUUACGAUCAGCGCCUGAACCCUCAACCAUUCAUGAAUUUGGAUAAUGGCAGCCAUGGCAGUAUCGCUUCCAUUGAGGACAACCGCGACUACACGAGAACGUUGAACGUCCGCAAUCCGGAUCCUCCGGAGCGCCAGUCGCGCGACUCGUGGUAG